CGAUGCGGAGGAUUGGGACCGCUCCAUGAACCUCGAUACGCAGACACCCCGGAAUUCUGUCGCGUUUCCUGGUGGGGAGGGAGGGGAGGCAGAGGUAGCGAGUGGACCUGGGCGAGGGCAAGAUGGGCAGCCCAAGCGCACGCUGAGCGAGUUGUUGAAGCUGCAUUCGGAGAAGGGGAAGGAUGGGACGUUUAGUCCGGAGGAAGCGAGCAGAAUAGCGGAAGUUCUUGGGCAAUGGAUUAACUCAGGGCCAUCGCCAUACGAAGGCGAAGACGACUUCUUCGCACGGUCGCAAGACGACUCCGCGUUGGGAAAGCGGACGCCGUCAGCAUCGUACGAUACGACGGGCAGGCCAAGAGGGCAGAGCGAGAGCGUCAUCUCCCAGUCAUAACGCGCAGCACCUCUGCGCGGAGGCCGGUCCUCACGUUACCUAGAGAAAGAUCAGGGCCUUGUCAUCAUCAUCCUCGCCCUUUGCGACAUCCCACCACGAUUGUAUCACACCGACAUUUACGACCUGCCACGACCUGUCACGACCUGCUACGACCUGCCACGCUUUCCCGCUUUCUGCUCGCUAUCUAUGUCUGUAUCCUCAUCACUCUCGCAACUGUACACUUCGUCUUCGCUAUCGAACGACUAAUCGCUUCGUGUUCGUGUACAUAUUGCCUCUAAACUGCAAAGCCUGUCAAAAGUCGCGUGCCUUGUGAAGUGCAGCAGACAGCUGUUGUCAUUA